AUGGACAGGACGCUCUCACAGACCUCUCACUUCUCCUGGCCCUGCUCCCGCUCUCCCCACAGCCACCCCUUCCCUCGCGUGUUCAGCUCCUGCAGCAAGAGGCAGCUGGAGAGCUACUUCCAGAAGGGAGGGGGCAUGUGCCUCUUCAACCUGCCCGACACCAAGGACCUGGUGGUGGCGCGGAAAUGUGGGAACGGCUUCCGGGAGGAGGGAGAGGACUGUGACUGCGGGGAGGUGGAGGAAUGCACCAACCCCUGCUGCAACGCUCACAACUGCACGCUCAAGGAGGGGGCCCAGUGUGCCCACGGCGACUGCUGCCACAGCUGCAAGCUGAAGGCGGCGGGGACGAUGUGCCGGGAAGCCGCGGGAUCCUGCGACCUGCCGGAAUACUGCACCGGAGCGUCGCCGUACUGCCCGGCCAACGUGUACCUGCUGGACGGCUCGUCCUGCGCCCGCGGGGAGGCCUACUGCAACAACGGCAUGUGCAUGACGCACCAGCAGCAGUGCGUGCAGCUCUGGGGGCCAGGAGCGUGGCCAGCGCCCGACGCCUGUUUCCAGGACGUGAACAUGGCAGGGAACACCUACGGCAACUGCGGCAAGGACAGCCACGGCCGCUACGUCAAGUGUGACAAGAGGGAUGCCAUGUGUGGGAAGAUCCAGUGCCAGAGCUCCGCCAAGAAGCCGCAGGGCACCAACACGGUGUCCAUCGACACCACCAUCCGCUUCAAGGGCCGCGAGGUCAAGUGCCGGGGCACCUUCGUCUACAGCGCCAAGGACGACCAGGAGGAUCUGUCCGACCCCGGGCUGGUGCUGACGGGCACCAAAUGUGGAGAUGGCAUGGUGUGCAAGGACCGCCGGUGCCAGAACGCGUCCCUGUUCGAGCUGGAGAAGUGCGUGUCCCGCUGCCACGGCCACGGGGUCUGCAACAGCAACAAGAACUGUCACUGUGACCCCGGCUGGGCCCCCCCGUUCUGCGAGAAGCCGGGGCUGGGUGGCAGCGUGGACAGCGGCCCCGUGCAGAGCCACAACCACGAGUCCAUCCUGAUCGCCGUCCUCGUCAUCUUCCUCUUCCUCCUGCCCGCCCUGACGCUCAGCAUCUACUACUGGUACCGGCAGGAGAACUCUCUGCUCAGCAGGUGGAUCAGGGAGACGAGGCACAGGAGCCAGGAGCGCUGCAGCAGGAACAAAUCCAUCGGUCGGAAGUCGAGCAGCGCCCAUCCCAAAGCUGCUUUCACCCUGAGGAACAUUUCAGCCUCCAGCCACCCCUCACAGGGCGCACGGACCGCGUUCCUCCCCAAAUCCGGCACUGCCCAGCCCGGCUCUCAGCCCAUCAACGUCGUCCACCCCCUUCGCCCGGCUCCCCAUUCCAUCCCCCCCCGCCCCAGAGACCCCAAACCCGCCAGGCCCCCUCCCCCAGCCAGCAAAUCCCCCCUGCUCCCCCCCAAAGCCGGCGCCUCCCAGGCCAAGCUCCCACCUCCGAAGAAACCUCUCCCCUGCAGCCCCGUGAGGACCCCGCAGGUGGUCCCAAAGCACCAAGCCCCGCGCCGGCCGCUGCCGGGGACUCCCCUCCUGGCCAAGGAGCUGCCCCCUGCACACGGACAGACCCUGCUGGUCAUGGUCCCUCCUACCAACUUCAGGGUGUCCGCUGGCUCCAGCCACCCCGCCAGGCCGUUCAAACCGAUGCCACCUCAAAGGCCAGUCCCAGCCAUCAAAGCCCAGGCCACCUCCCUCUCCUCCAAGAAGUGACAGUCCAGGACGCCCGACCCGCCCUUGCUGAGCUGGCUCUCCUGAUUUGCACUGCCGUGGCCACAGGGCUCCCCCGUCCCUCUUGUUUCAGUAACCCUUUUGAUACCAGAGGACUAUUUUUGUAAGACAGAAUUUGUACUCAGCACACCAACUGUAGUGGCGGGGUGGAGAGGGGACGUUGGUCCCACGGCUGAGCCAGGGGUCGGCUGGAGGUGGGUUUCCCACGGGGGAGAUCCCACCACGGCUCCUGGCACUGCUUCCCGGCCAAUUUCCCUCCCAUCUGUAGAUCCUUUGGACGCUGCACGCGGGCCGGGGUGGAGUGACCCGGGGGGAGUGAACAUCCCCGCCGACGGAAGAUGCUGGUGACAGUGUGAUGUCCUUGCAGCUACCUCCUCCUUCUCCUCCAGGCCCGGAGAGCCCCCAGCCCGCUGCCGCAGCCCCGGGCCGGGCGCCGUCUCGGGGGGACGCCACGAACGUGGCGCCCGCUUCGGGCUCCCCCUGACCUCCCGUCCCGCCGCGCCAGGAAAGGUGGUGACGGUGCCGGGGUCACCUGGAAGGAGAAACCUUCUGUCUGGGAAUGUUUGAGGCUUCCCAGGGUGCUUUUGAGGGUUGCCUGCCCCUGGGCUCCGCGGUCCGAGGGGAAGGAGCCACGAGCCGGGAACAAGAGCGGCACCACUCCUGCCCGUGCCGCUGGCCGGUCCGGAGCCUCGGCCGAGCCGCUGCAUUUCUCCGUGCCUCAGGCCCCCGUCGGGGGCGUUUGCUACCUCACAGGGCUGGUGUGAGGUUUGACAAAGGGACUCUCGGAAGGGCUUCCCGACCCUCCGUCCAAGGUGCUCUUGACCUGCACAGUUUGUGCCACUUUCCUGUGACUUGACCUGCGGCUCGAUCAGGGUCUGGAAUAACA